AUGUGUGGAACUACACAUGAGGAUAUUGUGCAUUCUUUGAUCACAUGUGGCUAUACAACAAACAUUUGGGCACAAUCUCACCUUCCAAUUCCCAAUAGUGUCACAAAUGUUUUCAGUGAUUGGUUUAAUGAUUUGAUGAAUAUUUUAGAUGAUAAUGAGAUUAUUUAUGCAGUGGCCAUUCUAUACUACAUUUGGCGUGCGAGGAAUGGGGCUGUUUGGGACGCAUGUUUACCCAGGCCUCAGAAAAUAUCAGCAAUGGCGUCUUCAGCUGUACAUUCUUGGAAGGUUGCGCACCCCACACAUGCACAGCCACAAACCAAUACGGCCGUAGCGGAGCAGGGUGGAAUGCCAACCAUAAUGCCGCCAAUGACAGUGAAUGUCACUGCUGUGCCGGCAGUGCACGGACUGCCACAAAGCAGCGCUGUGAUGCAACCAGUAGAACAACCAAUCGCCUCAGACGUGGAGCCUCUCAUGUGCUACUUCGACGCGGCAUACAACCCACAAACGAACAAGGCGGCGGCGGGUGCUAUUAUACUAGAUACGCAAAGAGGAUAUAUUUCCACAAUGACCACCCCUAUGUCAGAUUGUUUUACACCUCUAAUGGCAGAGGCUCUAGCGUGCAAAGAAGUUUUGUCAUGGUUGAGGGAUCGCGGUAUAAACUCUAUCCAGCUCUUCACAGAUUGUUUAGUACUACAACAAUAUCUAUCAUCUUCGACUCGAUCAUCACGGGCUUACUUGGGCUACACCAUUGAUAGCUGCAGGACUAGUAUGUUGACUUUUGAGAAUUGUUUAAUUCGUUAUGUUCCUAGAUUAGAGAAUUAUUUAGCUCAUACUUUAGCAUCUUUUGCCUUUACUCAGACAACUGUUAUGUAUUCGGACUCUAGUCCACCAGCUGCUAUUUCUGCAUAUUUCGAAUAA